CUCCUUCACUCUGUAUUAAUUUUAUCCAACUUAUUAUUUCCACUCUUUGUACACCUCAAAUAUACACAAAAAUACAUAGAUUGAAUGCAGCAGGAUGCACCAUAUAAUGUCAAGUGGUCGGACAACGGCCAAAUACUUGUGUUCGACGCCGAUACCGUAAUGCGGCUGCGCAGGGACCAUCGCCUUGUCGGUGCCCUGGAGGGCUGUCAUCCGAGCAACCCGCACCAAAAUGGCUACUUUGGUCUCCCACUGAUUCUGCUCCCCGAAGAAACCGCCUAUUUACUAGAACUCAACGCCAUUCAUAAUCCUCCGCUGACCACUCAUUGCUGUGGCCAAAGUCUGCCCGACCUCCAUAGUCGCGGUUAUUAUUUAACUCGUGGCCUGAAAUACGGCGCUGACUAUCUGCUAUACCCAGGCGAGCCUAUGCGGUACCAUUCGAGCCACGCUGUCACUCUGGUAGACCACGGCGUUUCAAUUACGCCGCGUGAACUUAUUACGCUUGGUCGUUUGGGAACGGCCGUGAAGAAGAUCCGCCUGCUCAAAUUCACUCACAUAACCAUGAACUGGUCUGCGAUCGGUUAAAAAUAAUAAAUAAAAAAGAAUAAACAGUACUUUGAUUCAUAAUAUAAAAAAUGGCUCUCCCAAAGAAAAAAAAACAGAUUCUUGAGAGUGUGUAUGAGAGAAAGAAAGAAAGUGAAAUAAAAUUUAGUUCUUUGUGCUGGUCAGCUUGCCGUAAAUGUGGAGCAAAAACACAGAGGCAAUGAACACCAGGCUGAGAACCAGGACCACAACGGGAUCAACUUUGAGUCCGGGGGCGUCAUCUGAGUAAAGCCUCAUCAUCGUCUGCGUGCUACCGGUUGCCCGAGAAACUUGCCGGCUGUUGGCUCCACCGCGGCCAGAGGCGGAUGAUCCGCCACGACGAGCA